GUGGAAAUAUUUCCCUAUUAAUAUUCUAGUCAACUAAAAGGUAACAAUGCUCUUUUUGUUUUCAGGUAUUUGCGAUGAGAAACUGUCCACGGUGUCCUACAAUGAUUCUUCCAAGACUACACUGACAAGUCCACGGCCCACUGACCUGAAUACAUUGAUCAACUUCCGUGAGAGAGGACGUCGCCUGAUCACGUUACUGAGCAAAUCCAACAAUAGUUUAAAACGCUUUCCCUCAGCACACCAGGGUGAAGACCAGUGCAUACAGGCCGACUUAAAGCACCCAAGUCUCAUCCGGGCGAUUAUCAACAGAGGAUGUGAACGAACUGGAGGUGGACGUCACCUGCCGAAGUAUCGUCUGCACUAUAGCCUGGACAACAGGCAUUGGCAUUUCUUUAAUUUUCCCGGCAAAGAAAGCUCUGCUAUGUUCGAGGGUGAUAUCAGUCCACUAUCCUCGACAAGAUACGACCUAGACUGUCCUGUCAUCGCCAGAUACAUCCGUAUAUACCCAUUAUCUCAUCCCCUGCCUGCUCGACUCUCCAUGGACAUCCACGGAUGCUCUCUCCAUACGGAGAUGACGAUACUCUCCAAGCAGGAAAAGUUCACUACAUCCCAUCAUUCUUCUUUCAUCGUUCCAUCAUUCACUAUUGCUACGUCUGUUACAUCGACAAAGGCUUCACCGUCUGCAGAUAGUACAGAUAGAUUCACAUCAAAUACUGCAUCCACAUCUGGAUUAAGGUAUAAAUCCAGUUCUGUGUCACCAAAAUAUCCAGGGUCAAAAGCAGAACCCAUGUCAACAGCGGAUUCCAUGUCAACAGCAGAUUCUAUGUUAUUAGUAGAUUCCAUGACAACAGCAGAUUCCAUGCUAGUAGUAGAUUCCAUGACAACAGCAGAUUCCAUGUCAACAGCAGAUUCCAUGCUAGCUGUAGAUUCCAUGAUAACAGCAGAUUCCAUGCUGGCAGUAGAUUCUAUGUCUACAGCAGAUUCCAUGCUGGAAGUGGAUUCUAUGUCGACAGCAGAUUCCAUGUCGACCUUAGGUUCCAUGUCAGCUUCCAUAUCAACAGAAGUUUUCGGGACUGUGACAGAAAAUGUUACAGAUGGCUUAAUGUCACAAGCAGAUUUCCCACCAGCAUUAUCCUCUACAACGGCGUCAUUUGCCACUACUGCAGACUCUACUCUGCCUUCUGAAAAUGAAACAACUAACUUUGUGAACAGCACAGGGAUGAUUGUUGACGCACAAACCAGUGGAACUCCAUCGGAAAUCAAGUCAGAAACACCGGCCAGUGAUCUCACCACUAACAUAAGCAAUGUUACUGUGCUGAGCUCGACAAAGGGAUAUACGGACGUAACACCACCAGACGGAAACGCCGAUGUCAUGGUGUCGCCCGCAGAGGUAACGAAUGACAACAUGGUGACGUCAGAACACGUGACGACUGAGAACAAACAUAUGUCUUCCUCUGCCUGGCCAGCGCUGUAUCCUGUGGUUAGAUCUACGCCAAAUAUCGUAACACAGAGUGGCUGUAUCAAGAGGUGUGACGGAAUUCCGGACGGCUUUUACCAUUCCUGUAAAAGCUGUAAACUUUACGUGACUUGUUCCAACGGUAUUCUGUUUGCAAAUCGGCCGUGUCCGUCAAGUCUCGUGUGGGACGAUAAACGGAAACAGUGUUGUUAUCAUUCACAGACAUGCGCAAGAAGUCUCACUACAAAUCAGUCCACGAGGACUAAAAACGUCACUGUGUAAACAGACUUCUCAGCAAGAUUUAGUUUAUUUUGAACUUGUGUACAAACUAUAAUAUGUUUAUAAUUGUGUCGAUCUGGUUUUUAAUUUUUCAUACAUUUUGUAAAAAGCCCAUUAAGACAAAUGGAGUUGUUUCGCGGUGCUCUUUGAUAAUCUGUUACUUUACCUUUCUGUUAUUGCAUCUAAUAUGAUUACUCCCACACAUUUCCCUAACGUUAGUUUAGUUUCUUUAUUGUUUGUGUUUCGCUAAAUUCAAAUCUCACUGGCAGAGAAGAACGGCCUUCAGGUGUGGGAUAUGAUAUCCUUCACAAUAGAGUACAUGGUAAUCCUCACAAAUAUGUAAAUAGAUAUUAAAGGGGGUUGGGGGAAUAACAGCUAAACAAAUAUUACAUGCGGUUAACACACGCGUGGUUUUUGUCUUGUUAUUAUAUCACGGUACAAAAACAUUCGCGGGAAAUGUAAAUCUUUCUGCACCUGUAUGAGCUUUUGUUUAGGCCUGAUCGUUAUAUCGAUCAGCUGU